CAUAGUCGCUUCUACCUCCAUGGCCACUUCUAUCGCCAUCUCAACUAUGCUAGUGUGCGUUUUACUUCUCCAGCUAGCCCAUGCAAGGCUCCUAGUGGAGGACAAAAACACACUCGAUGACAGUAAGUCGUUCUCCAUCAGAGGUGGCAGCGGGAAGGGUGGUGGCCGGGGUUUCGGUGUGAUUAUCAGCCAUGGAGGGCACGACACAUCCAUUGCUAUCGGCGGCGGAUUUGGAGGAGGAGGUGGUACUACCAUUGGUGGUGGUGCAACUGCAGGCGGUGGAGCAGGGGCAGGUGUUGGCAUCGACGUGGGGCGUGGUGGGGUGGAUGUGGGGAUGGGCGGCGGUGGAGGUGGGGCCGCUAGCGCCGGCGGUGUGCAUGUGGGAGGUGGAGCUGGAGGUGGUGUCGGUGUCCACAUUGGACAUGGUGGGGUGAAUAUAAGCCCCGGAACUGGCAGUGCUGUUGGAGGAGGUGAAGGUGGGGGAGCACCGGUGGUGGCGAGUGGUGUUGGCCGUGCUGGUAAUACAAUUGGUGGUGGCGCAGGGUUUGCUAGUUUAGAUGGCAACGGCGGAAGAGGAAGUGGUAUUGGAGUUGGGUCGAGCAGUGGAGGUGUCGCUGGUGGCUCCGGCAAUGACGGCGGACAUGGUUGA